UGGGUUUAAGGUAGGAGGCAGAUUUAAUAGGAACAUUUAGGGGGAACAUUUUCACUCAGGGUGCUGCCAGAGGAGGCAGUUGAAGCUCAAAACCCUCAUUUAAGUGGUGGGAAAUGUAUUUUCACUCUUUAUGAAAACAUCCCAAUUUAAGUGGUGGAAAAUGUAAUUCAGUAACUUUCUGUUAUUGUGUAAUUGAUACAGCAGUUGUAAACUUCCUUUAUUUAUGUUGUGCAAGAAAUACUGGAAUAUUUUUCUCAUAACAAGGUGUGCCACCAAUUGUAAUGUUCUUAUCAGACUGCCUUAAUUGUUUGUUUUCAAAACGUAUGUAUUCAUUUGAGUUCAGGUGCAGCAAACAAUAAUCUCAUAAUUGCAGUCUUGGUUGGGACAAAGCAUAGCUUAGCAAAUGUUGGUGAUUUGAUCCCAUGGAACUUCACCCGAACUCCCAUGCCUUACCAAGUACACGCUAAGCUUUGAACAGUCUCAAAACAUCUAUCAAAUAUGCAUUUUUUGGUUAUUAUAUGAAAAUUGGUGAUGUUUAUUCUCAACAGAGCAUACACAAACAAGAUGAUUUGUACAUGUCUUUUUGUAUCAUGAAAUCUCUGGGAUUCCUUUUUUCCAUUAUUACACAAGUUUGAACCAGGGUACAAAUGUCAUGCAAGACAAGAAUUUAAAUGUGUAGCACAGUAAUGUAAAUUAUUAGCCCAUUUUGAUUUAAUGGUUAAAGUAUUUAUAAUCUUGUUUAAAUUCUGUGUUCUCAUUGCUGUAUGUAUGUCUUUCUAGCUUUAGCGUGUUCUUUCGCUUUCCUAUGCCUGGUACAAAAUGAAUGUCCUAAAUAUUCCAUUUCACUUGCUGAAGCUGCCAGUAAGGAGUGUCAAUUCAUCUUGCUUGUCAAAUUACAAUCGUGGAGCUUUUGGAAUAUUGAAGACGCAAGUCAAACCAUUCUUCUCAAAUAGUAAGAAUUGUAGCCCAAAAAACUUCACAGACUAUGAAUCGAUGAAGCAGGAAUACAAACUGGAAGUGCCAGAAUACUUCAAUUUUGCAAGUGAUGUCCUUGAUAAGUGGAGUGAAAUUGAAAAGGCUGGAGGAAGAGGCUCAAACCCUGCAUUGUGGUGGCUGAGUCGAAGAGGGCAAGAAGUGAAAUGGAGCUUCCAGGACCUUGGACAGCACUCCAGGAAGGUGGCUAACAUCUUGUCUGAUGCAUGUAAUCUGCAAGUAUCUGAUCGAGUUAUUGUUAUCCUGCCCGCCAUUCCAGAAUGGUGGCUUCUGAAUGUGGCAUGCAUGAGAACAGGUGCUGUAGUGAUCCCUGGAACAAGCCAGCUAACAGCCACAGACAUUUUACACAGGCUACAGGUCUCAAAGGCAAAGUGCAUCAUAACAAAUGAGAUGCUGGCAGACUCAGUAGAGUCAGUGAUAUCCAAGUGCCCUUCUAUCAAAUCAAAGGUGAUCCUAUCAAAUAAAUACAGAAAAGGAUGGAUGAAUUUUCAUGAACUUUACCGAAAUGCAUCAUCUGAUCACACAUGUGCAAAGACCAAGAGUUUGCAUCCAAUGGCCAUUUUCUUUACCAGCGGAACCACAGGAGCUCCAAAAAUGACUCUUCACACCCAUUGCAGCUAUGGAAUAGGCCUGACAGUGAAUGGAAGGUACUGGUUGGAUCUCACUCCUUCAGAUGUGAUGUGGAACACUUCAGAUACUGGCUGGGCUAAGUCUGCAUGGAGCAGCAUCUUUUCACCAUGGAUUCAAGGUGCUUGUGUUUUUAUCCAAAACAUCCGUCGGUUUAAUCCCCAACAUAUAUUGGAAAUUUUAUCCAAGUAUCCAAUAACGACCUUCUGUUCGCCCCCUACGGCAUAUCGUAUGCUUGUACAGAGUGAUGUCAGCAAGUACAGAUUCCCAAAUCUCCAGCACUGUGUGAGUGCUGGUGAACCAAUUAACCCAGAGGUGAUGGAGAAGUGGAAAGAGCAGACUGGCUUAGACAUCUAUGAAGGAUAUGGUCAGACAGAAACUGUCUUGAUCUGUGGUACUUUCAAAGGAAUGAAAUUGAAACCUGGUUCAAUGGGGAAGCCAUCACCAGCAUUUAAUGUACAGGUUAUAGAUGGGAAUUGCAAUGUGCUUCCUCCUGGAGUGGAGGGUGAAAUUGCCAUUUCCGUGAAGCCGACCAGACCCCUGAACAUUUUCUCCGAAUACAUUGAUGAGCCAAAACAAACUGCAGCAACCCUUCGAGGAGACUAUUAUUUAACUGGAGACCGAGGUCAAGUGGAUGAGGAUGGAUACCUUUGGUUUAUGGGAAGAGCAGAUGACAUAAUGUUAUCAUCUGGGUACCGCAUCGGCCCAUUUGAAGUAGAAAAUGCCUUAAUAGAACAUCCAGCAGUGGUAGAGUCGGCUGUGGUUAGCAGUCCUGAUCCCAUUAGAGGAGAGGUUGUGAAGGCAUUUGUCAUUUUAGCUCCAACUUUCACCUCACAAGAUCCUGAUAAGUUAAUUGAAGAACUACAAGAACAUGUUAAGAAAAUCACAGCACCAUAUAAGUACCCAAGGAAGAUUGAAUUUGUGAAGGAACUACCCAAGACUAUUAGUGGGAAAAUCAGAAGAAUUGAGUUACGAAAGAAAGAAUGGGAAAAAGCAUUAAAAUUGAAAUAAUUGAUGUGCAGCAUCCUUGAAUGGAAUCAACUUUACCUUUUAUAUUAAACUUGAUUUCGACACAAU